AUGUUAUUAUCAAAAUUACGUGAACGUUCUUUAUGUCUUUUAAAUUCCGAAAAUCUUGAUCCAACAUUUCAACCAUGGGUUACAAUUUCAGAUGCUAAAUUUCAUUCAGAUGUUUGUGCACUUUAUUGUCAUACUAAUAUAAAUCCAAUACAAUCAAUACAAACAAAUUAUUUACCACCAUUCAUAUCUUAUUUAUGGCCAUUAAUAUAUCAUGGUGCUAAUGUUUGGGCUGUUGAUCAUCCAACAACACGUGAAAUAACAUCAAUUAAAUUUGUUUUUAAAUAUGAUUUAUUAAUAUGGAAUCUUUUCUAUCGUUCAACAAAUAUGAAUCCAUCAUUAAAUUCCGAUAUUGUUUAUCCAAAAGUAUUAAUUCUUGCACCGGAUUGGUUUACUUGUGAAAAUACAUAUAAACAUUUAUCUAAUGUGAAUACAGAUGUACUAAAAAAAAUUCUUAUGUGCUGUAUUUAUGAAGGACAAAAUAUUGAAAAUGAAUUAUAUAGAAAAUUCUUAACACAAGGUUGUGAUCUUCUUAUAGCUACACCAACUAUUGUUAAUGAUUUAAUACAAAAACGUCAUAUACAUUUUGAAAGACUUGAAAUGAUUGUUUACGAUCAAGUUGAUCUUCUUCUUCAAACAAUUGAAUCGAUAAAUGAAAUAUUAAAUCUUAUUAAAUUGCAUACAAAUAAAAUCAAAUCUAUGCAACAUAUAUUUUUCUCUCGUAUUGUAAAUCAACAAACAAAAAGUUUUAUAAAUGAACUUUUUUCAUUAAAUAAAAAUUAUUAUUAUCUUUCACCAUCAAUGAUGGAAACACAUACAUAUAAAAAUUUUUUUUUCUAUUGUGAACCAUGUCGAAAUUGGUCGGAACGUAAAUAUAUUAUAAAAGAAACAUUAGAUUUAGCAAUAAAUUGUCAUAAAAAAAUUAUUAUGUGUGCAUAUCAAACACGUCGUUUAGCAACAAUGCAAAGUAUACUUAAUGAUUUAUCAAUACAAUCUAUAUUAAUACAUUCACAAUUAAGUAAUGAUGAAAUUCAACAAUAUAUACAUGAAUGGCAAACAAUAAAUGAUCGUUUAUUAAUAUUAUUAAUUCAAGAUGAUAUAUUAAGUGAUAUAACAAUUGAUAAUACAGAUAUAAUUAUACAUCUUGAUGUUCAACGUCUUAUAUGGUAUCAAUUAUAUAAUCAACGUAUGAAAUUAAUUUAUAAACAUUUAUUAAAUAAUACAAAUAAUAAUAAAAUUAAAAAAAAUGAAUUAACAUCAUUAAAAUCAAUUGAAAAAUUUUAUCAAUUUAAUACAUUAAUAAAUAUACCAUUAAUUGUUAUAUUAUGGCCAGGUGAUUGUGCACAAGUAACAUAUGAUUUAAUUGAUUAUAUUAAUAAUUCAAAUAAUUAUUUACAUCCAUUAAUUGAACGUUUAGCUAAAAAUAAUUGUUAUGAAUCAUUACAAGCAAAAGUAAAUGUUGAAUUAUGUCCAACAUUAAAAAUGUUUGGACAAUGUUUAAAUGAAAAAAUUUUAAAACGUUGUCCAUAUAGACAUCAUUUUCAUUAUGAUAUUGAUUAUAUUGAACAACAAGAACAAGAACAAGAGAAAAAAAAUGAUAAUUAUUUAACAGAUUCAUAUGAAUUAUGUUUACCUAAUAAAGGUGAAAUUGAAUUACGUAUAACACAUAUUAGUGAUGGAAAUCGUUUAUGGGCAAAUAUAUUACGUUCAAGAAAUGAUAUUAAUCAAACAUUAAUUAAAAUAUUUGAUUAUGAUUUAUUUUAUAAACAAAUUGAAGAUGCUUUUAAUCAUGUUAAAAAUCAACCAUUAAGUGAAAUUAUACCCUGUGAAAUCUAUUUUUAUAUUGAUAAUAAUAGAAAAAUACAUCGUGUUUAUGUAUAUGAACAAGAACAUACUUAUUUUGAUAUAAGAAGAGCUGAUUCAAUUUUGAAUAGAUUAUUAAAAGUAUCAAAUACUGUAAUCAAUAAAGAAAAUGAUCAACAUACAAAUAAUACAGUAUCCACUACUAAUGAACAAAAUUCAACUCUUACAACAGUCGAUCAUCCUACAUUAGUUGUUUUCAGUCUUGAUACUGGCAUAACAUUUACAUUAAAAUCUAAUGAACAUCUCUAUCCUAUUGAACCAUCUUCAUUAAAACAAUAUCCUCCAUUAGCAACCGAAAUAAUCUUAUGUAAUAUUUGUCCGUUAGAUAAAAUAACAAUGACAUUUACACCAUUUACAAUUGAAACAGUUCGUUCAUUAACAUUAAAUGAAAUAUUUAUGGGACGAAUUAAAUUAGCAACACGUUCAUGUUUUUGGAUCGAUCCACUUGUUAAACCAGUACGUUUAGCUGCACUUAAACGUAUUGCAUAUGAUAAACCAAUACGAAAACAAUUAAUUUUAUCUAAACUUGUUCAAUCAAAUGAUAAUCAUAUCAAUGUACUUGAACGUAUGGCUAUUGAAGCUCAACUUGAUGAAGUAACAACAACGUAUCAAGAAGAAACGAAUGAACAAUCAAAAUCAAUAGUAAAAUCUGAUGAACAAUUAAAACCAAUUGUAAAAUCUGAUGAACAAUUAAAACCAAUAAUAAAAUCUGAUGAACAAGAAAUAAUAAAAGAAGAGGUGAUUGAAGAUUUUUCACCUGUAUUUAAACCAUUUCUUAAUCGUAUUGGACAACUUAUUAUUAAUCCUGUUGGUCGAUCAAAACAAUUUUUUAUAAAACAUAAUCAAGAAUUACAAAAUUUUGAUUUUGUUAAAGGUAUUUCUUUAGAAAAUAAUCAAAAAUUAAGUAAAGAAUCUUCAUCAUUAAAUGAUCAACAAUUAACUACAGAAAAGAACAAUAAUACUGAUCGAUAUAUUCCACUUGGUCGUGGACAUAAACUACAUACAGAAUCAUCAUCUUUAGUAGAAAAUGUUCUCCAACGACCACAAUCAAUACCAGUAUCAAAUACUGUUGGUUUUCAACAUUCAGACGAAUAUUCACCAUUUCAAACAUUAGUAAAUACUCAACAAUUAUCAAUCGAUUCAAAUGUAACAACACCAUCUGAAGUUGAACCAAGUAAAAUGAUACAAAGUGAAACAAAAACUGAACAAAUUGAAGAAGAUGAAGUAUUUGAGGACACGGCUGAUACAAUUCCAAAUACAGAGUCAUCGAUUUCAACAACUAAUAAACCAUUAGAAUUAAAACAAGAAAAACUCGAUGAUAAUGGUGAUGAUGAUGAUCAAAUGAUGUUUAUCUUUGGCCCAAAAUUAUUUUCUCAACUUCGUCAAAUAAAAGAUAUGGAAUACGAACAACGUCGUCAAUCAGAUUUUCCUGUUCAACGUAAUCGUAAUCGUCAUAUGCGUAAUAAUAAUUUGAAAUCAAACAUUCAAGAUAAUAAUAAUGAUGAUGAUGAAAACAAUGAAAUAAAUGCACAAAGAGUUCAUGCACCAAAUAUGAGCCGUUAUGAACCAUUUAUUGAUGAACGUGGUCCAUUAACACAAGAACAAAUUGAUUAUAAACAAACACAACGUAAAACACGUCUUUUUUGGGAACAAACAUCACGAGAUAUUUAUUUAACAAUUGGCUUUUAUAAUGUUGAUUCAACACAAACACGUGUUGAAUUUGAACAACAUUCAAUUUAUUGUCGAACUAAAAUUCGUACAUAUGAUCGUUUUGUUCGAAUUUAUUUAGCUUAUGAUAUUAUACCAGAUAAAUGUUUAUUUCAAGUACGUCGUUCAAAUAUUUUAUUAACAAUACGUAAAGCAAAUGAAGGUUUUAUGUGGACAACAUUAACAAAUCGACCAAUUGAACCACGACCAGAUUUUUUUAUGAUUGAUUAUGGUAGUGAUGAUGAAUCUGAUACAGAAAAACGUCGUCGAACUGUUAAUCAACAAUGGGAUCAAAUACGUGAUGAUAAACGUCAAUUAAAAUUAAAUAAUGAUGACAAUAAAUAUCUUAUUGAUGAUAUUGAUGAUGAUGAUCAUCAUCAACAACAACAACAACAACAACAACAGCAGCAAAUUGAUAAAUUAAAUAAUAUUGAUGAUGAUGAUAACAAUCAACAAGAAUUAACUGAUACAUCAUCUGAUUGCCACUCAACUGACUCAGAUGAUUGUUAUUAUGAAGAUCAAGUUCCAGCUAAUCAUAUACCACAAGGUUAUGAUGAAGCUGAUUAUGAUCAUCGUUUUUAUGGACAACAAAUACGAUCUUAA